CGCUCUCCGGAGAAGAGAAUCGUCGGGAACAUGUGUUUGAUGCUUGUUGCACCCGGACAAAAUAAAAUGACGUACCAUGGAUGCGAGUGUGGAAAACAACGUGAAAGCGUUCAGGAGGAGUAAAGUGGACAAGAAAGUUCUUCGUAAACAGUUAAAAGCCAGUCACACUUUGCUGAAACAUGAAGGCAUUAGUACAGCACCGCAGCCUACCAAGAGUUUGGUGGUGGCUAAUGGUGGCCUGGGGAACGGCGUUAGUCGAGAGGAGCUGUCUACAGCGCUGAAUGAGAUGGGAGAGCUGGAGACACUGAUCAUGCAUCCUCACAAGCCCUACGCUUUUGUCACAUACAGAUCUGAAGAGAGUGCUCAGAAAGCCCACAUCCACCUCAAUGGGAAAAAACUUCAAUGUGGAGAGAACAGUGUAACACUCUACCUCAGUUAUGUUGACUCAGUAACCUGUGAAAAGGAGGGAUCGGUUCCUUUGCCAGAGGGAUUAGUCUUGGUGGAGAAUUUUGUGUCUCUGGAGGAGGAGGCUCUGCUGCUUGCUGCCAUUGACUGGUCGUCUACUAAUGAGGAAGUCACUGCUCAAAAAGCUCUGAAGCAUAGAAGAGUCAAACAUUAUGGCUUUGAAUUUCGCUAUGACAACAACAACGUGGAUAAGGACAAGCCAUUAGCUGCAGGUAUUCCUCAGGAGUGUCUACCAGUUCUGGAGCGGUGUAUAAAAAACAAACACAUUGACAUCAUGCCAGACCAGCUGACUGUCAACCAGUAUGAGUCUGGACAGGGCAUUCCUCCUCACGUGGACACUCACUCUGCCUUUGAGGACACCAUUCUGUCACUAAGCCUGGGGGCAAAGACAGUGAUGGAGUUCCGUCAUCCCGAUGGUCGUUUAGUUGCUGUGGUGUUGCCAGGACGGAGCCUCCUGGUGAUGAAGGGAGAGAGCAGAUUCCUCUGGACACAUGGGAUAACUCCUCGAAAGUUUGACAUGGUGCCAGUCUGCGACCCACAAUCCCCUGCUCAUACGCCUGACUUUGGGACUCGCAACAAUCUCACAUUGAACAAGAGGGGCACCCGCACUUCUUUCACGUUCCGCAAGAUUAGACAUGAAGCCUGCCGUUGUGCCUUUCCCUCUGCCUGUGACAGUCAGGUAGCUCCCGCAGCACCCUCUCUGCCGUCUCCUCCCUCACUGCCCUGUUGCCAUGCCGACGCAACCCUUCUGGAGGAGGAGUAUGUGCACCAGGUGUACGACGCCAUUGCCUCCCACUUCAGCGGCACUCGCCACUCCCCCUGGCCUCGUGUUUGCCACUUCCUGUCAUCCCUCCCACCGGGCAGCGUGCUGGCUGAUGUGGGCUGUGGAAAUGGCAAAUACCUGGGUGUCAACCCAGAGGUGAUUGCAGUUGGUUGUGACCGUAGCGUUGCUCUUGUCCAAAUCUGUGCAGAGAGGGGUUUCCAGGCGUUUGUAUCUGAUGCUCUCAGUGUCCCUCUGCGAACAGCCUCCUGUGAUGCCUGCAUCUCUAUAGCUGUCAUACACCACUUCUCCACACAGGAGCGUCGGCUGGCAGCAGUGAAGGAGCUAGUGAGACUUUUGAAGCCUGGAGGUCGAGCGCUCAUCUACGUUUGGGCUUUUGAACAAGAGUACAACCAGCAGAGGUCCAAGUACCUCAAAGACCAGAACAAAGAGCAUCCUGAGAACCCCAGUGCAGAAGACAGCCAGGAACCUCACGAGAAAUUGAGUAGCCGUAGCAGCAGACCUUCAGAAGACAACUACAGGCCUGUAGAAAAAAUACAAGAUGUGACUGAUGGCAAACUUAGUGUGCACACCAACCGCACAGCAUUUAACACGCAGGACCUUUUGGUUCCGUGGCAUCUGAAAGAGGGGAAAAAACGAGUGGACGAAAAAUCAGGAGAGGGUGCGAAGAAGGAUAAAAGGAAAGAGAUAUCCAAAAAGACUUCAGGUAACACUUGCUCAGCCUGUAGUUCAAGUUCCAUAGCCCAGUUAGACAGUAACCUUGAUCCCAGUCCAGGCUUUGACUCCAACAUGUCUUCUGGAUCACAUCUUGACACCAGUGAUGUCUCUAAACCCAGUCCUAGUUGCGACACCAGUCGGACCUCUAGUUCUACUCUAAAGUUGGAGUCGGAGAGCAGCCCAGCGGCCGUUUAUCACCGCUAUUACCACGUGUUCCAGCAGGGGGAGCUGGAGCAGCUGUGUGGUCAGGAGGCUGGAGUCCGUGUGCAGAGCAGCUACCAUGACCAGGGAAACUGGUGUGUUAUAUUAGAGAAGGACUCGGGGAGAUGAACUGACACACUCAUUCAUAAUAAUUUAGCUACAAAUACAUAUUUGAACAAGAGAGUUAAUGUAAUCUAAUCAAAGACUAAAUUUAAGGGUACUUUAUUUGUUUAAAUGCAGACAAGUGCGCAAACAAGUGUCAUGAAAUAAAAGUAAUAAGUUCACAAAAUGCAAGCCUUUGUUGUGCUUUAACUUCUAGCAUCAUUUCUAGUGUUGACCUCAACAGUCCUGUAUUCCACUUUUGCAGAAAAUAAAUGCAGCUAACUGAAAUGAACCUGAAGGUAGUUUGAGGGGAUGUUGAAAAGCACAGGUUGUAAACAUACUCUGGUUCUGUGUAACCCAAUGGUACAACCAAGGCUGCUCAACCUUCUCCAGAGUGCAUGCACUGCACAGCGGAUUGCCAACAGUAAUCUAUGUCUCACCACUUUGACCUCUGUGUCUGCUCUGAAUUGACUGAGCUGUAACUAAGCUGUAAACAGCGUGUGCCCGACUUUUUCAAGUUAAAGGGCGAAUGUGUAACACAAGGCGUUUCAGGCUGUGGGGGGAUUUGUUAACAUUAAAGAAGCAGAACUAUAUAAUUAGUUUUUCUCUUUUUAAAAAUGUGUCUGACAUAGAUUAUUGUCCAAGCCAUGUAAUAACAUUACUGUGAAGUACUUUAUCAUAGGUUAGACAUCACAGUCCUUGAAAAUGCAUUUUGCGUAAAAAUAGACACAGUGUGUUUCCUGAAAAGAAAAGGCAAUACAGAUUUAAAGUUUAAACAGUUUUUAAUGGAAUCUAAGCAGUGCCUUUUGCUUCUCUAGCACAUUUCUUUUGCCAGCCUUGAAUCAUACAGUCAGUAAGUACAAUAUAAUUUAUACAUUUUUGU